UCUUGUUGAAAGGCCAAAGAGAUUAAAAUUAACGAGAAAGACUUUGAGUGUAAAGUGUUUAUUCUAAUCUGUUAAACUAAUUGAUUAACAAUUUAAAUUGUUGUAAAAUUGAUAAUUUAUUGUGUUUUCUUUUCUUAGAAUGGAAAAUUAAUAUCGAUUAACAUCGAUAAAGAAUAUCAACAAAAUCGGAACCCCAACCUCUUCCAUUGAGAAGAGAAGAAGAUGAAAAGACAUUAGUGAUUAUUGUUAAUAUAUAAAAAUAUAUAUUUUCUAUCAUUGGAUUUCUGUUUAAUUUGAGGAGAGAAAAAAGAAAACAUUUCAUUUUGGAAAAAGUAAAAACAACUCAAAAUGGCGACUUUGGAAAAAUUAAGUGAAGAAGCCUUAUCUCGUUCACCGGAAGAAGUUUUUGAUAUAAUCUGUAAAUUGGGUGAAGGCUCAUAUGGAGCUGUAUACAAAGCUUUACACAAAGAGUCCGGACAAGUUUUAGCAAUCAAACAAGUGCCAGUAGAAAGUGACCUUGGAGAAAUAAUCAAAGAAAUAUCCAUCAUGCAACAAUGUGAUUCCCCGUUUGUGGUCAAAUAUUAUGGUAGUUAUUUUAAAGGUAAAAAUCAAGGUAGUGAUCUAUGGAUUGUAAUGGAAUAUUGUGGAGGUGGAAGUGUCAGUGAUAUUAUGAGAUUAAGGAAGAAAACUCUAACCGAAGAGGAAAUCGCCACCAUACUGAAAGACACUCUACUUGGUUUAGAGUAUCUUCAUGCUCGACGUAAAAUUCACCGAGAUAUUAAAGCAGGUAACAUAUUGUUAAAUAGUGAGGGUCAUGCGAAAUUAGCUGAUUUUGGUGUUGCCGGACAAUUAACUGACACUAUGGCUAAACGUAAUACCGUUAUUGGAACGCCCUUUUGGAUGGCACCGGAAGUUAUACAAGAAAUUGGUUAUGAUUGUUUAGCUGAUAUUUGGUCUUUAGGUAUAACAGCAUUAGAAAUGGCUGAAGGUAAACCACCUUAUGGUGAUAUACACCCAAUGAGAGCAAUUUUUAUGAUACCAACCAAACCACCUCCAUCUUUCCGAGAUCCUGAUCGCUGGUCAACUGAGUUUAUUGAUUUUGUUUCCCGUUGCCUUGUCAAAAAUCCUGAACAUCGAGCAUCAGCCACCAGUUUACUUAAACACGAAUUUAUCACUCGAGCUUUACCAGUUAACAAUUUAAUAGCCAUGAUCCAAGAGGCUAAAAUAAUUCAACAGGAACACUUUAAACAAGAUUGGAUCGGUGAUGAAGAUGUUGAUGCAUCAACCAUGGUACCAAGUUCAAACAAUCAAACCCUUAAACCUCCCGGUGAAACGGCCAAUGGAACAGCUUCCAGCCAAAGUAUUAGUACCAAAUCAGGUACUGUUAAAACGAUGACAAUAGUUUCCGAUGUGGAAUCUGAUCUUGGUACAUUGAUAAUCAACGACGAAUCAGAUGACGAGACCGAUCGAACCUUAAAACCAGCGUUUAUGCAACACUUUGAAAGAAACAGAGACCAAGAAAUGAAAGAAAAUAAAAAUAGUAACCAUAACAAUGCUGUUAACCGGUCAGAGAUGUUCAGCCAAUAUGGAGAUUCAAGUAAGGGAUCAACGGAAACUACGACACCUAAUUAUUCAACCCACGAUUCAUCUAAUCAAUCACAGAGACAAAUGCAUGCACCUCAUGCUCAAACUAUCCCAUUAUCGUCUAUUCAAUCUCAAUCUCAACAAAAUCUUCCUUCCGUUCAUCCGAAUCAAUCAACGCUACAACAACAACAACAACAAUCUCAACAUCAUCAACAGCAACAACAACAACAACACUCUCAAUAUCAACCAAUGUCUCGUGCAAUUAUGUUAGAAAGUGAUUUUGAAUUUCUUCGUUAUUUAUCGCUGGACGAACUUCGCAAACGAAUGGCAAACCUUGACUUUGAGAUGGAAAAUGAGAUCGAAGAGCUGAGACGUCGAUAUGCAGCCAAAAGACAACCGAUUCUCGAUGCUAUUGAUACCAAAAGAAAACGACAACAAAAUUUUUGACAAUAAUCCAACAAUCGAGCUUCCAUUUUUCAGUCUAUCAUCAUAUUUAAACCAAAUUAUAAUCAACUAUGAGAAGAGAAGAAAAAUAACAAGAUUGAUCAACCAUCACCAUCAGCAUCAUCAAAAUCAACAACAAUCAACUACAGUCCUAAUGCCGUUAUCGUUUAACUUUCAAUCGAAACCAAAUUAUAUGCACAAGAAAACAGAAAAAUCUACAAGAGGAAUUGUUUUUACUUACACAUAUUCUCACGCAUAUCAAUUAUUGUUUUUCAUCUUCUAUCAUCAUAACUGUAGUAAUUAGUUACUACCUUUCUCUCUCUCUCUCUCUCUCUUUCAUUUGCUUUUUUCCAAAUGACACACUUUCGAUUAUCAUCAUCACCAUAAUCACCAUCAUCACCUUUUCCUCUUUUUCUCUCUUUUCUCUUUUUUCUCCUCCUCGAGUUAAUUAGAUAUUUUUCUUUCUCUUUUGUGCUAAAUCAUAGUCAUAACAUAAUCGAUUCUAGUUAGCGUAAUUUAGAAACAAUCAAUCCUCUUGAAGCGUUUUAAUCAUCUAUUGAUUCCCACUUAAUAUCUUUUUGUUUGCCAUUUCUCAGGUUGACAAUUUGUUCCUUAUCAGUGAAAAAAAGUGUCUUGUUCAUCUUCAAAUCUUUCUCUCUUUCUAAUCCAAUCAAUCAAUUUAAUCAUCUUAACUAAUAGAUUAGUUUAAACCCAAAGGGACGCAUGAAGAAGUGAUCAAAUUAAUUCUUAUACAGUUUACAAUUAGAUUGAUUAAUUACUCCUUUUUUGACAACUACAGAGCUCAGUUUACCUCUUUAAUCAGAAUAUCUAAAACAAAUUAGUUAAAUCAAAUAAACAAAAUCAAACACAAAUCAAUUAAUUAUGAUGUAUUAGGACUUUAAUUCUAAUCACUCAAUAUUAUACUUUUGAUAUUGAUAUUUAAAUUAUCUUUUUGUAUGAAUAAUUUAAACAUUUUUUUCUAGGAAUUAGCAAUAAUUGUUACAACAAUUAACGAUCUCUUUUUUUCUUCUUCAUACCUUUUGAUUUGCCAUCCAACUAAAUCAUAACAAUUAGUUGAUUAUCCUGCUCUUCUUUCAUUGUUCAUUACUUUAUCUCUCUAAUUAUUUACACAAUCAACUUAAUUAUUAAUCUUUUUACCUGAAUCAAUUUCUUUACAGAUUAUCAACCAUAUGAGAAAAAAACAUCAAUUUAGUCCUUUCAUUCAACAAUUUAAUUUUAAUUACCACCAAUCUUUUUUUGCGUUCACUUAAUUGUGUACAAUUUAUUCAAAUUUACUUCCAUCCGAACUCAACUUUUCUUGUUUACUUUUGUCUUUUUCUUGUCAAUCAACUAAUUGCUUCUUAAAUGAUCCAAAGAUAUUCAAGGAGAAGUUCAAGCGACAUGAUAUUUGGACAUUUCGAUAAAAAAAACGUCUCGAUCUAUUUUAGUAAAUAUACUUUUCGAUCAACAAAUAAAGUUUAUUUGUUGAAUAAAAUGUAAAUUACUUUCGAUUACUCUUAA